AUGGAAGCCAACAUGAAGUUAUACGAGGUUACCGCUAAAAAGGACAAACCCCGAGCCAUGACUGUACUCGCUGUUGGCAACGAGAUAUUCUUGGCUUCGUCAGUGAAGAAGUCAGCUAAUUUUGCAUUCGCCUACCCCAAGGCAAAGGUUUCCAAUGCCCUUGAAGAAUACCAAACGACUUUCCACAAAAAUGGCGGCGAAAGCACAGAAGGGCACAAAAAUUCCGCAAACUGUGGCGAGGUAAUGAGUGCUCAAAUGUACUACACCACAGACAAAAAUAAAGACACUCCAUUGAAAGGUCGGGAUGCGAAGUAUUGCACAGUUGUUGCGGAUAAGGACGAUAAGCCUCAAAAUACUGAUCCGUGUUCAUCCAUGUCAACAUGGGGAUGCAACCUGUUUGUCAAGCAGCUGGAGGUGGAACCGGUGGACAUAACGAUAAAAGCACAGCCCUUUGAUUUGGUGGAGAAAAUGGGUAAACCGGUUAUCGACCAGAUCCCUUUGUGUGCUUUGGACUAUAAGCCCCCCGAGGCUAGCGCGACCCCUAAGGCGAGCACAUAG